AUGACGAAUAUCCUCAGGACAUUCAGCCUUUCCUCUGGAGGAGGCAUUAGUCCAAUUCCAAGAGCAGGAUCAACAUCGGGACCUAGCUCUCCGUUGUACUCGGGGCCACAUCCAUCGGUGUCCUUGCCCAAGUUGCAGUCUCCUAAGAACGCAAUAAAUACGCAGGCGUCCACUCAACGUAUUUACUAUAACGUCAUUCAAGAUUACUUCCCAAUAGACAAUGAGAAUCAAUGGCGUCCGACAGACACCUUGAGCCCUUUGAAUGUUAACAAGGGCGACAUAGUACAGUUCAUCUGUACGCAUGAAAACAACACUGUUGUUGUCAAGCUGUUGAACAAGUUGGGUCAAGGAUUGGUGCCUUUGAGAUGUCUCUCGUUAAAUGCAGAGUUGACCACACUGUCAAGCCCCAGUAUAUCCUCUCCUAAAACCCCAAAAGCACUGAAAUUUGAAGCUGUUUCAGAAGAGCCCGGAGCUCUUAAACAACAGGAUUCGAGGUGUUCUUCAGUGUCGUCAGUGACCGAUACAAACUACUUCCUCGUAAAGAGCUGUAAAGUUGUUUCUACUUCGACACUGAAUGAGAGAACGUGGUACAGGGUGGAAACAACUACCCUGUCGGAUCACAAAAGGUACCUUUGCCGAUACUAUCAGGAUUUCUAUCGACUACAAUGCCAACUUCUUGACGAAAUCCACAAACUCUCGUUGGAUUCAAAGUUGCUACCCACUCUACCGCCUCCAAUGGCGAAUAAAAAAAGCAAGCGGGCGGAAUCCUUAUCAGACCGUUUGAAUAGUUUCACAGAGUAUCUGGAGUCCUUGUUGAAUUCAGAGGCCAUUCCACUAGCAACUAAACAAGCAAUCCUGUACGACCAAUGGCUAUGCCCCAAAUCCGGAGAUUUGGUGCAAACGCCACGAGGAUCAUUGUACCGAUGCAUUAGAAGUAGCAAUACAGAUAAAGAGGAGCUUCAAUGGAGUAAAAUACAAGCUACAGAUUCAACUGAUACCCAAGAGCAUAUAGCAAAGGUGCUGUGCCCCGACGCAAACUCUCAUAAUCGUUCCUUGUCAAUAUGCACUAAGUCGUCGUUGGCAUCGCCCUCUUCACCAAAGCUGUCGCAACCUCAAUUUCAUACUGGUAACUCUCAACCAUCUUCACCCAUAUUGUCUCAGAGAAGUCAAUGCCUCUUCAAUGCCAAUGCGAAUGCUAAUGCUGGCGCAGGACUUGGUCUGGGACUUGGUCUGGGCUUUGGGCCAAAUAAAGAUACCAUAAAGCUCAAAAUUACUUUCGGCAACGAUUGUUACGUUGUAAAAUGCCAUAUAUGUGAUAUAGAGACCUGGGAAAAGCUAGAGAACUUGAUUCAUACCCGCUUGAUCAAAGACAUCCCAGACCCGCUUUGUCCACUGACAAUCAGAAUGAAAAGUUCAAGUUCGUAUGACGGUCUAUUACCACUAGACUCUACCAACUUUGAUAUUGAUAAUAUUAUCUACAUGGCGCAGGAACAACAAAGCCCAAACGCAAACUCGAAUGCAGGCUUCAACCCGCAUUAUGUUCUAGGGAAACCACAUGCCCAGUAUAACAUUACUGCUCCAUCUUCCAGUAGAAGUAGCAGCGUGAGUAGCUCUGGAAAUGUGUCCAACAGCCCUAAAUCAAAAAGACAAAGCCUAAAACUAACCCUCGAAGUAAGCGUAUGA